AUGAGCCGAACAAAGGCGUCCAAGAAGGCCUCUCCAGUUCCAGUGCCGCCGGUCGCGGGUUCGAGUCCCACGACUGCUACGUCAGUAUUGGGUAAGCCACUGCCGGCAGUGCUGGGUCUCGGGAGCCCGGCGGUAGAUUCAGGUGUUGGUGAGAAACCCGCGUGGCAGGACGCAGCUGCGCGGGCAGCCUGGGAGACUCGGCGCGCUGAGCACGAAUCAGAUGGCAGCGAGGACAGUGACGAGUUUACUUGGAAGGGACAGAGCACCAAGUCUCGACACCACGCGCCAUCGCGAACCUACAUACUCAACGAAGCCAACGUGACCACCAGUGCAAACUUCAGAAGAAAACUACUCUAG